CAUCAAUUCGUGACUAUUUCACGAAUGUAAUUCCAUCCGACUAUCCGGUCGCGCCACACAUCACACAGUUUUUUAAUCCAGAACAAUCCUUGAUGCGGAGAGAGGAUGUUGGCCGUAACGAAGACACUUCUCAUUUUCUUUUCAAUCAUUCUAGUGGGACUCAAAACGGAAGCUUUGAAUUUCGGAAUUUUUGGCGAACCGCUAUAAAAAUCGGCAUCCUUAUUGCGUCUCAUAAAUGGCAUCUACUGAAUUUGUGGCGUCGCCAGGAGUCACGAGGCAAAGGCGGGGGCUCGUCUCGGCGUCGGCCAAUCCUGUACUUUGACGUCACGACGCGCCCAUUUUCUUCUGACGCAACCAGAACAGUUUAUUAGUCUAUGUUGUAGCAAUAUGAUAAACUUAAUCCACGCCACCGAUUUUCAAUUUUUCAACUUGAGAAAUCUAUUUCGUGUCCUAUGCUUAUUGCGUGAUCCGUACGUCUUUCCAGGAAAGCAUUCCGAAAGCUAACAGGUUCUCAAUCACGCUCUACCAUCCUGAUCACGACUGAUUUUUUUUUUUUUUUUUUUAAAUUUAUUCCCGAAGAAACUGCAUCUCGGCUUAGAAUGUUAAAUAGUUUGGGUAUAUAAUGUGUAACCAUUAUCAGUAGACCCGCAUACCGGGCGCUUAUUCUGUUGAAAAUGUGGUGGCUGAUAACUAGGAAUCCCCUUUUUCUCAUUAGAAGCUUACGAGUGACCAAACAUUCUUUGUGAUUGGUUACUUUUACAAGCGCUAACAUUUUUUUGCUGACUGAAUGAUGGCGAUAAGUAACAUGCUGAGGCUGAGUCAAGAGAAUGACGAAAUCGGAGGAUUCCAGUUGCAAUAUAGUAAACUGGAUAAGUAGGAUCAAUGGAAUCACCCCCUACGUGCAGUAGUCCACGAGAGCUCUAUCACGUCGACGCCGACGUCCUGUUCUCUGCGCAAUGUUGUGCUCCGUUAUAAAAGGCGAUCGGUAGUCCCGAAUCCGAAGUCAGUAUUGGCGUGACAGUCGAUCUAUUCGAUAAGAUUCCACGGCUCGCGGACGCCCUUUCUAUCCAAACAGGACUUCCUCUAUUGGCUUCAUCCGUUAGCAUUUAGAAAAUAGCUAGCAAGCCAAUGGCUACCACUUUACAGGGUUUGAACGGAAGAUUGGCGUUUGCCAUCGCGGCUGCGGCCUUGGGCUCGGCCUUCCAACAUGGUUAUAAUAUCGGUGUAGUCAACGCACCUGGAGAGCUUAUCCGAACGUGGAUCAAUGACUCGCACUACAAUCGAACAGGCGAGGCGUUGUCAUCACCAGCCGUUACUCUCAUUUGGUCAUGGGCCGUGUCAGUUUUCUGCAUCGGCGGUAUUAUUGGUGGGUCUCUGACUGGCAUCUUGGCUGAACGCAUGGGCAGGAAAGGAGCUCUGCUUUUCAACAAUGUGUUUGCCAUUAUCGGUGGUCUACUGGAAGGUUUCACUAAAACCGCCAACUCCUACGAAAUGCUUAUUGCUGGACGGUUAUUCAUCGGAAUCAAUUGCGGUCUCAACGGCGGUUUGGCUCCCAUGUAUCUCUCCGAGAUCUCGCCCGUCCACUUGCGAGGCGCUGUGGGCACUGUCUACCAAUUGGUAGUGACCAUUUCUAUCUUGGUGUCACAAAUUUUGGGUAUGGAAUCCCUGCUCGGCACCCCGACUCUGUGGCCCAUCCUGCUCGGUUUGACCCUCGUUCCAGCCAUCUAUCAACUGAUUGCUCUGCCAUUCUGCCCGGAAUCACCCAAAUACACGCUGUUGAACAAGGGCAAAGAGAUCGAGGCCCAAAGAGCUUUGACCUGGCUGCGAGGUACUCUGGAAGUGCACGACGAGAUGGACGAAAUGCGCGCCGAAUACGAAGCUAUGAAACUGGUCCCCAAAACCACUUUGAAUGAGAUGCUGAGCAAUCCGGCUCUACGCGCUCCAAUGAUUAUUGCCGUCAUGAUGAUGUUGGCUCAACAACUCUCCGGAAUCAACGCUGUUAUGUACUUUUCGACCGACAUCUUCAUUUCAGCCGGUUUGAGCGCCGAAACUUCGCAAUACGCCACUCUGGGCAUGGGAGGCAUGAACGUGCUGAUGACUGUCGUCUCUCUAGCUAUCAUCGAAAAGGCCGGUCGCAAAACUCUCAUGUUGAUUGGUUUGGUUGGCAUGAUGUUUGACGUCAUUCUUCUGACCGUCUGCUUAGCGCUAAAGGAUGUGGCAGCAUGGUUGGCAUACUUUAGUAUCGUCUUGAUUAUCAUCUACGUGGUAUUCUUCGCAACCGGCCCUGGCUCCAUCCCUUGGUUCCUCGUCACGGAACUGUUCAAUUCUUCGGCUCGUCCCAUGGCCACCGCCAUUGCCGUCACCGUCAACUGGGUUGCCAAUUUCAUUGUCGGUCUUGGAUUCCUCCCUAUUCAGGAAGCAUUAGGCCCUUACGUCUUCAUCAUUUUCGCGGCAUUCUUGGCCUUCUUUAGUUGGUUCACCUGGAAGAAAGUGCCGGAAACUAAGAACAAGACGAUCGAAGAAAUCAGCGCCAUGUUCCGUCAGCAGUCUUAUUAGAAAUGUAACAACAAUAGCAGUUUGAUAUUCGGGAAGACGGAGGCGAUGGAAGAACAUUGAAACUCUCCUACUGCAUCUGUCUUCACACCACCAAAAGCGUAUUAAAAAGCCGAUUUAUUGCACAUAUAUGUACAAGAAAUGACACGAGCCUGUUGAACUUUGCCCGUUUAACCAGGCAUUUGUACGUAUAUUUAGUGAAUGUCGUCCAUCGGAUUUAAUUUUUUUAAACCUUUUUUUAAACCUUUUUUUAAUAACUUGAAAAGUCACAGGCAUAAAAACAAAACACGCAUGUGUUUCAAAACCCCCAGUGACCUAAUCGUAUCGUAUCAUAUAGCUCUUAAUCCUGUUUUAGCGGAGGACGAUUAAAAAAUUGUUAUUGAUAGUUACGAAUUCAAUUGAUUUUUCAUUUUCUUCUUCUUUUCUAGAUUUCUACUGUAUAAUUUAUAUUAAUAGUUGUCUUCGACUCUCCUGUAUUUUCACGCGGAAUCCACAAUUUCCUUCGUUUUAUGUGUUCAUCGAAAUCAAGGAAAUAGAAUAUUAAUAUCAAUAAAUGCUAACAGUUGGGUUCUCGGUUCAACGACUAUUCGAUCGCGGCACUUACUUUUAUUUCAUUUUAUUUUUGUGAAUUUACCAUUUCCAUCAUAUUUUUGUAUACAUAAGGUAGCUAGUCGUAAAACGUAGUCAAUUUAAUCACGUCAUAUCGAAAUUGGACGUAUGUACGAUUUAUCGUCAUUUACCGACAACAACCCCCACAAACAUCAAAUCGGUGAAAACGACUUCUUGAUGUUUACUACACACGUUUCUCGUCCCAUUGUACUCGUUCAUUUUUGUAGUGUAUAAUUGUAUACCCUGUAGAGAUCGAAUGAUUGAUGCUGAUCAAGUGUUCACUGUUGUGUACGGAAACUUGUACGGAGAAUGGGUGAUAUACAUUAUAUACAGAAAUUGUGACAUA